UUUCAACCAAAGUUCAUUGCUAUCAAGUUAGUUGUAUCACGAGGCUCACGAUCUGGCAGUAUUUGUUCCACUGUGACCAGAUAUUUUGAUAGAUUUUGCAGAUUUUACAUUCACAAACUUGGGGGUUUCGGUAUGAAUGUAAAGAAUGUAUCAAACACAGAAAAAAACAUCAACCUGAUACAGAACCUUGGUCAUUCUGAGGCUCAUUCAUGCAACCUUGGUGAGAAUGAAUUAGGGCAACACAAUAUAAAUCAGAAAAAAUGUACCACUGUUGAUAAUCAAUGUACAGAUUUUGGUUUGAACAGAGAUGAAGUUGGUGAAAAAGUGAAAAAUAAAGCAAAGAAAAUUUGUAAUAAACAGAAGGGUAUAAGAAGUCAGGAGCAAAGAAAUAGUGACAAUUCUCACCAGUGCUCAUCGAAGGUUAAUAAAUCUGACAGCGAUAGCUCUUUUGGUCUCAAAACUUUAUUUUCACAAAAGAAGAAUGAUCAUAAAAGACAAAGAAGAGGCAAAAAGAUUGUGAAACAAAUAAAAGAAGAUGGCUCAUAUGGUUUAGAAUGGUUGUUUAGUGAAAAACAUGUUAAUGACAAGAGCAGGAAGCAAACCAGGAGAAAAAGGAGGAAGAUGGAUUAUGAUAAAAAUAGGCACACAGUGUGCAUAUGGCCGCUAACUGGAGGGGAAGAGUGGAUCGGAGUGGCUAGCUUAGCAGUUAGUUUUGACAGUUUUGAGCUGGGGCGCUACCGGAUCAAUGCUAUCACACGCUUGACUGCAUUUAAUUUAGUAAGUUUUCCGAGAUCGCUCAUAUGAAUUUUUGUGUCCGCCUGCGUCAGGCGACACUAUGGAAUCGCCUGAGUCUGAUUGAUACACAAGCACGCAGUGCUUGAGUCUAGUUAAGCAGUACGUGUUCCUACACGUAUUUGUGUCCGACCACAAACGAGUCAGCCCAGGCACAAUGAAAUGCUCGAGAAAGCAAUUGAAAGCUUUCUGUGAGUAUAAUGGUAGUCUGUAGAAGAACACAAAUAGCGAAGUCUAUGCACUUUUCUCUUCGCAGUUCUUCGCUAAUGGCAGCCCCCAACAUGUGGCCGGCGUGGUUAAAUCGAAAUCACACGAGAUAAGCGCGCGCGACGCGUGGUACCUCAUGACACGCGUGGUGUAACAAACUUCCUCAAUAGAUAUAUAUAUAGCCAGCCAAGAGGUGACAACAUCAUGGCGGCUUCCAUAGGAAGCGGCCAUAAAAAUGAAUCAGAAGAUGAGGACUGGAAUAAGGUAGUAAAGAAUAAAAAGAGAAGACCAAAUCAUUUUGUUGCCAUCCGUGUAUUAGAUUCUAAGAUUCAUCUUGCCGCUAAAGAAUUUCAAGAAACAGUUUUAAAAGAAAAUGAAAAGUUGAAACCAGCAUUAAUUCCUUUAAUCUCACUACACAUAACAAUGGCUGUGAUGCAUUUAGAUGAUCCUUUGAUAGAAAUUGCAAAAGAUUCUUUAGAAAUGUGCAAGGAAAAAAUAAAUGAAGCUCUUGCAGAUGUUAAUUUUAGAUUAACAUUUUGUGGGGUUGGAAACUUCAAUAAUCAAGUAGUUUUUGCAAAGAUUCAAGAGAAGGAACAAAUUGAAUGCUUGAAGACCAUUAAUAGUGUGAUUACUGAAACAUUUCAGAAAAAUGGGAUUUGUCUUAGUAAUAAGAGGGAAUAUAACCCACAUUUGACAUUGAUGAAAUUAUCAGGAAUGAGUUCACUUGGAAAAAGUGGAAUAAGGAAAGUGGAAGAAAAAGUUUAUGCAUCCUCAGUUGAUUCAUACUUUGGCAAUGAAAUUGUAAGAAAUGUUUAUUUGUGUUGCAUGCAUGGGGAUAAGGAAGAUGAUGGUUUUUAUAAAUGUCUAUCAACAAUAACAUUUUCUAACAGCCCUGAAAUGAGUGAAUCUAAGAGUGACAAAUAAUAAAACAAUUAAGAUUUAAAAAAUAAAUGUGAGAAAUUUGAAAAAUCAAUGUUGUUGUUAAUAUGUUGUGAAAGGUAGUCUACAGUUGCAUAAAAGUUGUCUGUAGUUGAGUAAUUGUGUGGGUUAAGUUUGGUUUUAUAUGUCAAGUCAUUGGUUGUUCCUCUGUGCACAAAAGAAAUGAACAGUUGGAAUACAAACUUAUGUGUGUACUUUGCUUGUUGCCAAAGAAGAAAACGAGGCUAAAAAUCCAUAGUAUUACCAGUGGCUCUUGCAACUAUUAAAAUUCAUUUGUAUUACUUUAAAACUGCAUUGUUAAAUUUAAGCGAUAUAAAUUAUUUAAUGUACUCCCUUUUAGCAACAAAAUAUAUUUUACAAA